UUCACCGGCAUCUGUAACUGAUGAUCUCAGAAAUAUGAUGCUAACUGAGAAUAUUCCUUCAAGCAGCUCCGCAACAGGAAAUCCUCCAAGCAGAAACAGUAAAAGGAAGAUAUCCAAUUUAUCAAACCCAGUGUUAUUGCAUAAAAAUGAUCAGGGUAUGAAAUUGGAUCAAACUAAGAAUUUGCAUACUGAAAAACCAAUUGAUCGAAUUGAAGAACCAGAAAAAUUAUCCUGGACUCAGGUAGUCAAGAAAAAAACAGCGAAACAAAAACAAAGCACUAUGGCUGACCUUCUGAAGGAUGAAACAAACUCAAAUUCAAACGUUCAUCCGUUAGAAACGGCACAACGAGAAAAAAUGCAAGAAAUUAUAAACCUUGAUAAAUAUUCCGAAUGGAAGAAUGUUUCUUAUAAGGCUAGGACACAUCUUGUCAGUGAGAAUAAUCAUAAUAAGUCAAGCAAUAGCACAAAUCCUCAAAAGAAACGAAGAACUACGCAGAUUGGUACAGCACCAACCGCUGAACCUAGUGGAUCUGGUUUUCAAGGAAUGGAGAAGAAAGUUUGGAUUUUUAUAAAUCGCAUAAUGAAACAUGUCACAAUACAGGAUAUACAUAAGUACAUUGCAAGUAAACCUGGUUUUGAGGGCAACCAAAUAGAAGUGAGGGAGAUACCUGGGAAUCCAGAGGGUUUAAAAAGAUUUGUAGUGACAGCACCGUUAGUCCAUAAAGAAGAGAUGUAUAAGUCAGAGUUCUGGCCAAAUGGAGUCGGUAUUAAGAGAUUCAACUUCAAUAAGUAUAGAGAACAAAAUUUUUCCGUGAUGAGAGGAGAAGCAACAGUAAAAUAACGUUCAAAACAUGUCAAAGUUUCUCAGGAUUUUCAGUCCUCCAUCAAAAUGUCAAAUCUGUUGGUGGGGCGAAGCAAGGGAAAUUUGAAAAUUUGUUACAACAAGAGAAACCUGAUUGUUUUGCAUUGACAGAACACUGGAAAGAUCCUGAUGAACUCGAGCAGCAUACCUUUGCUGAUUACAAGCUUGUUAGUGCCUUCUGCAGAAGUAAGGGAAAGCAUGGUGGCUGUGCUGUGUACUGUCUGAAUCAUAUGGAAAUCAAAGAGAGGCUAGAUCUCA